AAUUGUUAUUGUAAUUUAUUAAUCGUAUUAGACCAGAGCCCUUUGGAUAAAUUUUUUGUCAGGACAAGGAGAAAGUUUUUUAUUAGAAAAUUAAUUAAUUACAGAAUGCGAACAAAAUAAUGGAAAUCACAAAAUCAAAACUUUUUAUGCAUACAAUUAUUGAUGUCAAGGACGAUUUCGAAGAGAACUAUGAGAGAGCUUUCCGUAGUUAUGUGGAAGUUCUGAAUAUAAACGAAAAUGGACUCCAUGAGCUAUUAUCUAGUACUAUUCGCACAGAAAAGCAACACGAAGAGCUAUCAAUGGCAAUGAUACACCUAAUUUUGACAGAUCCCAGCGCAGCGACAAAAGCCUAUUGUAAACUUACCUUGCUAUCCCAUGAUGGACUUUCAUUUGUAACUAGCAAUUUAUCAAUGCUUGUAGCAGAAAAGUAUCAAAGAUUAAAUGACAUUCCUCGAAAGCAACUUUUAUGGUUUCUAAAGGAACUGAUACGGAACCGUGUAUUAAACGUAGAUAACAUCAUUUGGAAUAUCUUAAGACAAGCCAGCGGUGGAGAUAUAGGCGCAAAAAACAUAGCUCUCGUGGAAGGCUUGCUCGAUAUAUUCAUCGAAAGUCGUUCAUGGAUAGCAAAAGAUCAGUUUCUUAUUGGCACGGUAGUGUACUCCUUCCUAAGGUAUCAGGAUUGGUUCCAGGAAAAAUAUUUCACUACUCCAGAAUCCCAAAGUCUGCGCUCUGAUUUGAUCAGAUUUAUCAUAGGCGCUAUUCAUCCUACUAAUGAUAUGCUCUGCUCUGACAUUAUUCCGCGCUGGGCAGUUAUUGGUUGGUUACUGACAUCUUGCACCAAUGCAGUAGCACAAGCUAAUGCAAAACUUUCAUUAUUCUACGAUUGGUUAUUUUUUGAGCCUGUAAAAGAUAAUAUAAUGAACAUUGAACCCGGGAUUCUUGUAAUGUUUCAUUCGAUCAAAAAUCAUCCACUGGUUAGCUGUACACUACUAGAUUUUUUGUGCAGAAUCAUGAAAAGUUUUUACCCAAAAGGAGGAGAGAUGGUUCGUAAUGGUAUAUACAACUCGUUGAGAAUUAUAUUAGACAAACAGGUCAUCCCUAAUCUUCUUCCCUUGUUAGAAUCUACCAAAUUGGAUCGGGAACUAAGAUCAAUGUUACGAGAAAAUUUUCGAGAAUUUUUUUCAUCAGCCGAUUCCAUACAAAGUACUUUUUGUGAAACGCAAUCUUUCAAGUCCCUUUCAGCAGAAGACGGUGAAUUUCCAAGUGAUCUUAGCGAAGACUGUUGUAGUAGUAUUCAGGAGACUACAAUAUACAACACACCUGAGCAGAUAUUUAAAGAAGACGAAAAAGAUGCUGAAAUAAUGUGUCUCAAAGAUGAUCAUUCAGAUGAUGAUGAUUUGCCGCUUUCUAAGGUUAUCAAAAUGGAGAAACCGAUUAUACAGUCCAUACCUGUCGACGUCCUACGUAGUUUAGACGUUUUUGUGGAAACGAAAAACGCUCAUUGUUUUGAAUCCCUCCUUACUUCGCUAAUCGCUGUCAAUAAAUUAAAUAUAGAACAGGAAACAUACGUUUAUGAAAAAACAGUGUCAACACUUGGCGAAACACUUACAUGUCAUUUGGUAUUUCCAGAGUCAAAGUCAGAUGAAUGGCUGUCCGAGAGCAUUAAUCACCCACUAUUCAAUUUGUUCAAAAUGUUAUUUCAAUCAGGGGAUAAGGCCACUAGUAGCCUUACAAAUUUAAUAGCAUUUACGUACUCCCAUAUUCCUAGCAUCGGAUAUUUGUUGCUGCAUUACCUCAAAGUUUGUGCCAAGCUGCAAACACGACGAAAGGAGAACACAGUUUCCACAUUCAAUGUCAGCGUAUAUAAUCAGUUUUGUUCGAUAAUCAAUUCCCCACUAAAAAAUCAACUACAAGUGGAUCUCGUUUUGUUGGAAAAAAAAAGUUUACACGCGUUCCUCUGGAUUCUCCCGGAUCUAUAUAAAGAGUACAAGGAAGUAAUGGUAAAUAAUACCGACAUUAUCUCUUUAUUCGUCGGAGCAAUUGAUGCAAACAACCUUCGAGAUGUAAUAUUCAGUAUAACACAAGGAAAGCUAGUAAUGUUUAGCAACGAUGGAAUUAUUGAUGUGAUUAGAGAUAGUUUGGAGUACGAAACAUUUGAGCAGUUUUGUUUCUGGCAACUUUUACAAGCUCACGACGUUCCACUAGAAUCAUUUCAGGAUCUUCUUCCAGUAUUAGAUACAUCAUUGCAUGCUGAAGCUUUGACUUACAUAUUAUUGCUACUGAAAACCGAAAAACCUACGUCAGAUUUGGUAAAAUGCUUGCUAAGUAGGGAGUGUAAAAACAAAGCAGACCCGUUUGUCAUCUCAAUACUAAGGUGCUGGUGUGAAGAAUAUGAAGGCAAGCUUUCAGAAAUAAUCGCUGGAUUACUCACAUCAAAAUAUCCCUCAAGCUCUCCAAAUAAACGUAAACGACCAUUAAAAUUAUCAUCAAUGCAAAAUUGUUCGCCAUCUUCCGAUCAGAUACUCCAUCAUUUAGAACACUUCCGUCGAAGCUGCAGACACGGUAAUGGUACAGGGACAGGACUUUACGUGCAAAAUGAAAUGCAGCGAUCUCUACAGCAAGCCUUCACCCAUAGUACGGAUGGCCAGAAGAAACAUUUCUCGGAUUUAUUUGCAUUGGCUGCAGAGGAAGAAACUGCGGGAGCCGUUGGGCGGCGAAGUACAAGUAGCCGUGGUCGUAAACCUCCCGCCAGUAAAAAAGAAACAUCAGCACUCAGCAGCAACACUAAAAAGAACGCUGAGUACUCAUUUGCAAGCGACGAUUCUACAGAUGUAAGUAUAAUGCUGGAUACUUCUACUUGAAAUAGAUCUCCUCUG